UGUCGCAUUUUGUGAUCUCCCUUCCCCCUAUAAACAAGAAAAAUAUUUUAUACAACGGGAGCGGAGUAUUAUUUGACAGUCAAACUACCGUGCACUUUUUAGAACAAUACAAUGGUGUUGGACUCGAUACCGGAUGCAACGAAGUAUCUAUUGAUUUUUGCAAUCAGUCUUUUGAUCUGUUGGAUAUUUGUCCAAUGGCUGAAAACCAGAAAUUAUCCACCGGGACCAACUGGAUUUCCAGUUAUUGGGUAUGGAAUGUUCCUCGGGAAAAAGCCAAAUGUCAGACUGGCGGAACUGGGAAGAAAAUAUGGAGAUAUUUUCAGUUUUUAUACAGGUCCUCAGCUUUUCAUUUGCAUCACUGAGUACCACUUGGCGAAAGAAAUUCUGAGCCAUCCUCUGACACUUUCUCGUCCGGCUCAUGUAUUUACAUUUCUGAGAGGAUGUGGAGGUUUUUCAGGUAAAAACGGAGAAGAAUGGACUGAACAGCGACGCUUUGUAGUUCAAACAAUGAGAAAUCUUGGCCUUGGAAAAGGAAUAUGGGAAACUAUGAUUCAGGAAGAUACUAGAGAUUUCCUGAACGAAAUUAGAAGCUGGAACGGAAAACCCCACAACAUUGAAGGACCUCUUCAAGUAUCGCAAGCUGUGAAUAACAUUGCUUUGUUGUUUGGAAGACAUAUGAGCUUAAAAGAAGAUAAGGACGACAUUGAAAUCAUCCAAAAUUCUUCAAGGAUCUUGUUGCAAUACUUUUCAUCCGUGAGCAUUAAUAUGGCACUUCCUGGACUCGCAAAAAUCCUAAAUGCUCUUAAAAUAUCCAGCUACCAUAAAUUCAUCAAACUCCUAAGGGAAUUUGAAGCUAUAUUCAGUCGAGAAGUGGAAAUCAGAAUGAAAGCAGAAGAUUCCUUAUUGAAAGAAGAUUUCAUUGGAUGUUACCUGCGAGAAAUGGAAAAGAGGAAAACUGAUACCAAACCUCACUGUUUUAACAUUGACAACUUACUCGGCAACUUAUUCCUCCUCUUCGUCGCUGGGCUUGACUCCACUCUAGCUUCCAUUGCUUGGCUCUUGAUUUUGAUGGCAGAGCAUCAAGAAGUGCAAAAGAAAGUUCACGAAGAAAUUGACUCUGUUCUGGGCAGAGAUGGAACCGUUUAUUUUGAUGACAAAGUAAAGCUGCCCUACACUUCAGCGACUAUACUGGAAAUGCAUAGAUGGGCAUCAAUAAGUCCAAUUUAUCCGCCAAGAUAUCCCUUACAUUCAUUUGAGUUCCACGGCUACACGAUACCAAAGGGAUCGAACAUCAUCUGCAACGGAUGGGCAAUCAUGCAUGAUACGAGAUACUUCAAAAACCCCAUGGAGUUUACACCAGAGCGCUUUCUGAGCGGCGAUGGAACGAAAGCUGGGAAAUAUGAUGGAUAUUUACCUUUUUCUACAGGAAAACGAAACUGUCCUGGUGAAGGAAUAGCGAUGAUGACCACAUAUUUGUAUUUCGUCUCCAUUAUGCAAAAGUUCAAGGUGACCCCCAAACCUGGUGAAAAAGUGGAUAUAGACUAUAUUUGCGGCGGAGCUUUACUUCCAAAGCCGCAAGAACUGUGCUUUUUAGAAAGAUAAAAAGAAGAGAAAGGAAUUUAUAUAUUUAUAUAUAUUUUUUUUCAUGGUAGAAAACACACACACAC